AUGCUGAAAUCGAUCUGCACGAGCUCGCUGCUCUUGCUGAGCGCGAGCUUCUUCUCCGCUAGCUCCGCGUCUCAAGACGCGCAAGUCCAUCUCACCGCUCCAACCAAGCAUCACCAAGUUGAUCCAGCUAUUCUGGCUGCCUUGGAGAAGUACCUGGAUCCUGUUGAUGCGCUUGUUUCAUUACACCCCGAGGCUGCUGAGCAGCUGGCUCAACCACGUCUUCUGAAGGUGCUCGGGGAGCCAAGCGCUCAAUGGAUGACUGAGGGUGACAAGCUGCGCCUAAAGCGCAAGGGUAAGAAGUUUAUCGAUAUUACUGACCACGAAGCCUUCUACAAAGAGCAAGUGCAUGCCCUUGCUGGUGAAGCCCACUUGCCCCAGCUUUCUCACCAGGACCUGGUCAGGCCAUUGCUGCCUCGGGUAUCUACCGAGAAGAUGCACGAUGUUCUCCAACAUAUGACGGGGUAUUACACACGAUAUUUUGGCAGUGUCACUGGCGAGGAAAGUUCUCAAUGGCUUUACAACCACAUUGCUGAGAUCAUCAAAAACGCACCAUUCCACACUCACAUUUCUCUCGAGUUUUUCACUCAUUCUUUCCCUCAGUCAUCCAUUAUUGCUCGCUUUGAGCCUAAAGUGAGAGACUUUUCGCUGCCGUUGACCAUUAUCGGGGCGCACCAAGACUCGUUAAAUCAUGAGCUCCCGCUGCUCCCUGCUCCAGGUGCCGACGACGACUGCUCUGGCACGGUGAGUAUCCUGGAAGCUUUCCGCGUUUUGGCAGAGAGCGGGUUCACUCCGCUUAAUGGACCUGUCGAGUUCCAUUGGUAUGCUGCCGAGGAGGGCGGGCUCUUGGGUAGCCAGGCCAUUGCGCGAUAUAAGAAAGAGUCCGGGGCUCGUAUUGGUGCCAUGAUGGAAUUUGACAUGACUGCAUUUAUCGCCCGAAACGCGACCGAAUCCAUUGGAUUCAUCGAGACUGAAGCAGACGCCCCACUAACGAGCUGGGCCGCCGCCUUGGCUACUGAGUAUAUUUCCAUCCCUGCUAAAGUGUACAAGCUGCCUAGUGGUGCUGGUUCUGACUACAUGUCAUAUACACAGCUCGGGUAUCCUGCAGCUUUUGCAUCCGAGGGCAAUCCUUCGGCCAGCGGUAAACCACUGGGCGAGUAUGACCCUUAUAUCCACACGGAAAAGGACACAAUGCAUGUUGAUGACGAGGCUGGAGUCUUCUCCAUUGAGCACAUGGCCCGGUUUUCUGAGCUUGCCAUUGCUUUCGUCAUUGAGCAGGCUGGUUGGAAUAAUACUAAGUGG